UUCGAAAAGUGAUUGGGCCGGCUCAGCCCAGUCCAUCAUCGGGAUUUCCGGACUGAAAUCUCAUUGCAAGUUGCAAUUUCGCGCAGGAACGGAUCAUCGUUUUCCCUGCUCCCGCGUUGGACAUACAAAACUGAGCUUCCGAUCGCUGUGACCGCUUCGCUUGCACUGUUUUCCGGCGACGGAGUCCUGCUGUAAGCCUGUAAUUUUAUUAACUUAUUCGUUGUGUAGAGGCUGCUGGUCAAGUUUCGUAAACGAAUAACAAGCAUACAUCAAAACCGGCGGUGCCGGCGUUCUCAAUGGCCUCGACAAUCAAAGCCUACUCCGUGCCGUUGAUUCUCUUUUCCGUAGCCGUGUUUUAUCAGCUUGUUGUUAUUCCUACCUCCUUCCCUACCUCACAUUACGACGUUUUGGGAAUUAAGAGGUAUAGUCCCGUUGAUGAAGUGAAAGAAGCAUACGAAAAGCUCUCAGCCAAGUGGGAUCCAGGACUUGAAGUUCCCAAGGCUGUCGAUUUUAUAAAGGUUCAAUAUGCUUAUGAAUUGCUAAAAAACAAUUUAUGGAAACGUAAUUAUGAUCUUUUUGGCAUCGAUGAACAACAGGGUGUUCUUGAAAAGGUCAAAGUGCAAUAUGCAGGAAAAAAGUUUUCAGAAAUAAGUCUUCCAUUGUUAGAUGAAGUUGCUUUAAGUGAGUUCCAUUUACAAUCAUUACAGCUUCUAAUAAGUUUUUUUCNACAAGAUCAAAAUAGCUUGGGAUCUAAAUUUCUUGUUGUUGAUUUUUUUUUUCAGUUGUAUUCAUUUGGAAGCAAACUCUGCGCCCAAUUUUCUGAUGUUUGGAAAAGAAUUGUUACUUUGCUGGAUGGAGUUGCUAAUACUGCAGUAGUGGAGCUUGGUGAAGCUCAACUUGCUGCUUACUUUGCAGAGAAAAAGCCUACUGGACAACCGUUCUUUAGGAACGGACUACCAUCACUUGUUGCUUUUCCACUCGGUUGUAAAUCAGUUGAUUGCAUUAAUAGGUUCGGUGGGGAGCUUUCUGCUGAUGAUAUUACAGAUUGGGUUGCAACAACUAUACUGCAUCUACCUCGAAUUCUUUACUACUCAAAGGACACAUUGGGACAAAACUUUUUGGCAAAGAGUAGUCCCCAUAAGGUCAAAGUUAUUAUUUUCUCAGAAACUGGAGAACGUGCUGUACCAUUCAUACGUCAAACUGCUAAGAACUACUGGGAUUCAGUUUCAUUUGCCUUUGUGCUUUGGCGAGAAGAGGAUUCAUCUGUCUGGUUGGAUGCGUUUGGGGUGGAAGUUGCACCUGCUAUGAUAUUCUUGAAAGAUCCAGGGGUGAAGCCUAUUGUGCACCAUGGCUCUAUCAACAGUACCUCGUUUGUACAGCUUAUUGAACAGAAUAAACAACAAGCAAUUCCUCAAUUAAGAAGUCGGACAUCAAUGGAGCUGGGAUGCGAUGCUCGUGGUUAUUCUCGUGCUGGAUCUGACACAUCGACGUGGUACUGUGCUAUUAUAGCUGGAAGACUGGGUACAGAACUCAACAAAAUGCGUGAAACCAUACGCAGGGUUAAAGAAACUUUAACUACUGAUAGUGAAGCUUACGAAGCUGAUGAAGGCCCAAUGGUAUCUCCAGCUGCAGUUGCACUAAAAGGCAAACGUUUGUCCUUCACUUGGCUUGAUGGUGAAGCCCAAAAGAAAUAUUGUUUCUUUUACAUCAGUUCCGAAUCUAGCUAUGAAACUUGUGGACCAAGGAGAGAUCUCAGUGAUGUGCCUCAAUUAUUUAUUGUGCGGUAUAAAAGGGAUGCGACUAAAGCAAAGGAGAUAAAGCCAAAAAGUGUAUUUGAUACAUCGUCCGAGGAUCUGGAUCUCGCCGCACAGCUCGUGGCCCUUUACAAUGGUUCAUCUGAGAUUUCAGAGAUUGUUCAGUGGAUCUCUAAAAUAAUCGACGAUGGCGAUUCAAAGGAUCUACCCUUUUAUAGAGUGAAGUCUCCUGAACUCGUUCUUGAAGAUCCGGAGCCAAUGAGGUUUGGACAUGCUGGGAGUAGUUUUAUAAACAAUGUGUUGAAGUGGAUUGCACACAUCAAAGUUGCAGUCUAUGACCGUCUAGACGACCCAAGAAUUGGCCCAGUCUUUUUUCUUGCUUCACUAUUGUCCUUCGGCACAAUAUGGCUGAGGAAGUCUCAACCCACCCUCCCAUCGCAACCAGCUAGGCAACCAGACCUCCCAAAUGAAUCCACUAAACCAAGUCAACCAUCUGCUAAGGGAGGAAGCAAAGCUAGAAGAAGAAACCGUUCAAGAACCGCAUCAAAAGGUGACAUACCCCCUUCCAUCACUGAUUUUGAGCCUCCAAAUGCUUAUCAGAUGCCACAACUUUCAGGUUCUGAUUCUGAAUAGUGAGGUUAUAUUCGGGUCAAGUGAGUCGAACUUCUCGAAUCAUCAAUGGAAGUCCUCAUCAAUUCUUCAUUUUCUCAGAGCCAGUUUCACCUUCAUCAUAGAUUGAAUGAACUAAAUAUUUUGCCAAACCUUUCAUUUAUAGCUUAUAGCAUGAUUUAUUGCUACUUUACCAGCUUCUUUGAGUGUUUAUCUCCAGCUUCUUAUGAAAAGAACACUAAUUAAUUUCCUUUUGUGACCAUGAACUGAGCAGUGCUUGAAUUAUAUUAUUACCACAGGUGGCUAAUUUUCCAAUUC